GCCAAUCGGCGGGCGCGGUGGCGGUGAAGCCUGGGAGCGAGGUACCCGAACCUGGAGCAGGGUCUGCUGGGUUGACUUGGGGGGCCAGGGCUUCUGGCCCUGUCACUGUGGGCUCAGUGGAGGGCUGCCAAUCCAGGGCCAGUGCCUGUGUCCACAGAGGGCUGGUGCCGGCUUGCGGGAGUGGCAGGAUGUGUAUUCUUUGGAAAGUUGGGGCCGGGCCUGUUUAGGCCCAGGGGCGGGGACGUCUGAAAUUUGUUUUGUCUCCUGCUUAAUGACAGCCCACCUGUCAUUGGAGGGAAACUGAGGCCUCUUUUGGCCGCCCCGGGUGCCAGGGGCUCAGAAUUUGAGACCAGAGGGAGAUACCUGAGGUUGGCUGUUCCCUUAAAGGGCCAUGCAGAAGGGACCGCCAGGAAUGCCUGGAGUCUCAUUCCAGCCAUUUGGAAGGGAAAGUUAAGAGAAAAUGAGGCAGAAGGAAGUGUUAGCCAAGAGCUUCCAAGGUCCAGCUGCUGUCUGCAGGACUCCAAACAGCCACGUUUACAUGUUCAACAAUGGCAGCGGGGACUCUGGGGACUCCUCUGAGGAAGAGUCACAUCAGGUGGUGUUACGACCCCGGGGCAAGGAGCACCAGAAGAACAGCAGCCAACGGCCAGGAGCAGGCACCAUGGUUCUGCUGCAGCGGGAGCUGGCUCAGGAAGACAGCCUCAACAAGCUGGCUCUCCAGUAUGGCUGCAAAAGCAAGAGAGAAGCGUCCUAUAAGCCGGUUGAGUAAGACUCUAAAGUGGCUGCUGAGUAAAGCGAUCGCACACACGAUGGACUUGCACCGUCAGCUCCGUGGGCCGUACUUACACUUAGAGAAGUUUUUCCCAAGUAGCGUGAGGGGAAUUUAAAAUUUGGCUUCCCAUUCCUCCUUUUCUGUUAGAAGUUUUGUGUUACUUGAUAAAAAUCCACAGUCACAGUCCCACAACCUUAGUCUGGAGAAAACAAACAAAAAAACAAAACAAAAAAACCAACUCAACCCGAAACUCCUGGCUGGUGGCUGAUUGCCUAGCUCACUUCUCAUGAGAGGUUUCAUCUCCCCAAACUGAAUUAACUUCUAACCGGGGAAUAAGUUCCUGUGCCUGCCCUGCUUCUGGGAAAGUGUGAGGGAGCAUUGUGAGGAAGCUCUCAGGUGGCAGAGACCCCACGUGUGCCCAGAGCCAGCUUGGGCUUUGGUGAGCUUGUCUGGUCACUUGCUCAGCUGGGUCUGGUGUGAGAUGGGGACACUGAGUUAGACAGGAAGGGUGACAGUGUUGGUUCUGUUUCACCUGAAGCUUUGGCUGUAGUCACAACACCCUCCAAAGGUGAUCAGAAAUUGUUUAAAGUAGAGCAGUUGGUUUCUAAACUAUUCAUUAAGGGGUAAAAACCAAAGACCAGAGAAUCAAAAGCCUUAGUCACUUAGCUGAAAUGAAGCUGUCUGUGGGUGUGCUUUCAAGCUUUCAUGGGCGUCUCCACUGGAGCCCCAACAAGCAAAGGUCUCAGCUGGGUACUGGUUUUAAGGAGCAUCGCAUGUUUAUAAUGCAUGGCUUCCGUAGGUUGCAGAUAUCAAGAAAGCAAACAACUUCAUCAGAGAGCAAGACCUGUAUGCUUUGAAGUCAAUCAAGAUUCCAGUGAGAAAUCAUGGGAUUCUCACGGAGACCCACCAAGAACUAAUGCCCCUUGGGGCUUCAUCCUCUGAGACCAGGGUGACCCUGGUAGACCUGCCUGAAGAUGAAGAUGCUGGUGGAGCAACCACUCAGGGCAACCAGCUGACAGACUUCUUCAAGGGCAUUGAUGAGAACAUUGAGCGGGCUGUGCAUUCUGACGUCUUCCACGGUGACAGCUGCUGUGUGGAGGCCCCAGAUCAGCUGCUGCUCCCCAUAACCCAGAAGCCAGUAGCCGAUGGUGCCGACUGUGGGAUUCAGUGGUGGAAUGCCGUCUUCCUUAUGCUUCUCAUUGGGAUCGUAUUGCCAGUGUUCUAUCUCGUCUACUUCAAAAUACAGGCCACCGGGGAGCCCUCAAAUGGCUUGAACGCAACUGUUGUCCCCAAUGGCUCGAUGACACUGAGCCCAGUUCCAGGGCAGGCUCCCAGGUUGGCAAUCCCAGUGCCUACCCUCCCCGCUUCAGACAGCCAGGUCAGCCCUACCACCCAGGCAGGGGCCUAAGCGCAUUGUUUCCUAGAGUUGGCAGACUUUGGCAGUUGGCCCUUGUGUAACUGUCACCAGCUGUUUGCAUUUCGCUUCCUGAGAUGUGUGGACACCAUGGCAAUCUGGAUGGUCUAGACUGAGGAAUAGCUUGGCCUAACUCAAGGAUGCAGGAGCCCAGACAUCCACCAUCCCAGCAAGAGAGACAUUUAUAUGAAACUCACAGCUCUUGAAGACAUGUAGGGGCCGGCUGUGAGUUCCUGUGCAGCACUCUGUGCAGGCUCCUAAGUAGAAUGUGACAAAGGUUCUGCACUAUUGCUGCCCCCAGUGUUGAAUAGGGUUUCAAUGGUGGGCUCAGAGACAUGCUCUGUGUCUAGAUCAAGGUGCUAUAUAGUAUGUCACUGAGUUUGUCAGUUGACAGCCUGACAUGUUAUGUUUGCCUCUUCACUUGGCCCCACUGAGGCAGUGCUUCAGAAAUGAGAACCUGAAAUCCAAACCGCCACCCUCUAAUUUAAGCUCUACCCCCAGAGUCACCCUAAGAGCAUCUCUGUGGUGGUGGCUCCCUGGGUUCCCCAGUUGGCAUCUGGGAAGCAGCUGGUAUUGGCGAAUGGUUUGAAGGGACUACAUCCACCAUUAAGCUUCUGUCACAUGGACCUUUGAAGCAAACUGGUUGCCAUGCCAGCCCAGCAUUGUUAAUAACAGUGAGUCCCACCCCACCCUGAUCAUGUGCGCCCAAAGCAGAGUUCUCCCACUGCCUCCUUGACUCAUCUAUUCUUUGGGUCCUUAGAGUAAACUUGCACAUGCUGUGUCUCAGUGUGAAAACCAGACACAAUGUCAGUCAGCCGUCUUUUACUGUAACAAAAUCAUCUCCAGUGGGAAAGGUUUAUCUUGGCUCAUGGUUUCAAUCCAUGGCCUGAUUUGGGGCUGGGUGGCUGGGGGCUAUGGUAAGAACACCAUGAAGGAGAGUGUGGUAAAGCAGAUUGUUCAUGUGGCAGGGAGAGAGAAGGGGAGAGGAGCUUGGGCGCAGGCAUCACCUUCAGAGUUCUGCCUGCAGUGGCCUGACUUCCUCCCACUGGGUCCCAUUUCUUAAAGGACCCAUUCCUUCCCAACACUGAGAUGAGGACCAAGCCUUUAAGAUACUAUCCAAACCCCACCAAGGUAACUCUGGCUCCGAAAGGCUGGAGAGAGAGAUGUAGGAGGGUACAAAAUGCUCAGGGUUUCCUCAGCCACUCCCUGAGAGCAGUUGGCCAUCAGUCCUGUUAGGGAUGUUGGGGGGAGGGCUAAGUCAGCCUGCCUUGUCACAGCAGGGGCAGGCAGAGGUGGCUGGGAGCUCAGCCUGGGGAGGACAGGCUAGCAGGCUUCUGGGAUGGUUAGCAACUUGACACAUAGGCCUAGAAAUCUGACCAGAGGAGCAGGACCUUACUUGAGCUGGGCCUCCUGUCUGAAAAACAACCCACCCAGGGUGCAGAUAGCAAAUUUAAAUCAUCUUCAGAAUUGAGUAUUUUGAGGCAGAAAAUGAACCCAUGAAUCUUGGUACAAUAAACAUCUUGAUUAUGUAAGUGAUUUCUAUCUGGAUGCUCAAAGACCGUUGUGGCUGUGAAGUUUCUCUUAAAUGUUAUCAUUAACUUCAUCAGGCAGGGCUCAGAGUCCCGUAGGGAAAUGAUUCUUUUGGCAGACAGAGAAUGUCUAUAUUUUUUCUAUCUUCUGUCUCAAGUGUUGGGGACUUAUUACCACCUGUAUAUAGCCCUGCGUGGGUUCCUAAGUAAAAGGUGACAAGGGAUCUGCAGUGUCAGGGCUCCUGAGGUUGGAUGAGGUCAAAUGACUAUCACAGUGUCCCUGCCUGCUGAGGGCAGGGGUGGGCUUGGCUCAGAGAUUUGUGUUCUGUGUCUAGGCAGACCAUGGUGCUAUGCAAUAGUAUCAGUAUGUCACUGAGUUUUAGACAUGUUACAGUUUUAACUUGUAUUUCUGUAUUUUUCUCAAGUGGAAUAAAACAAUUUCUUCUGUGAAGGAAA